AUGGCUUUGCAACCACGCGCGCCUCCGAUUCGUGUCAUUUUGGGAGCAAUGCGCUCAAACGAGAUUAUAGACAAAACCUUCCAGGAUAAGAUGGUGCACAUACUGCGGAUCACGUUAAACCCAGGUCAUGUCUACCUUUACUAUGACGAUCAACAAUACGCAUUCGAUCUAGAUCUAUCACGCGGUACCACUCUUUUUUUCACGAUUUUCGCGGUGGUGGGAACGCGUGGCAGCACUCCACGUGAAGACGCGGCGGCAGUACCGGAGGAAGAGCGCGGGACAAACCACUUCCGUAUUAUCUGGCCGGAGUUCAAGAAAAUGGGAUGGACGUCCAAUACGCCCGCCUACUCGCGGAAUCGAGACGCGACGGAAGUACAUUCUGCUGGUGGUAAUACCAGUGACACUGUUGGCAUCGACUUCGUCCAUGGGGAGCAAGCUGUGGUGGACAACGCUAUGACAACAGCCAGCUAUAGACAGGGUCCUCGCCUCAGCAGCAGUCGAAGCCGCAAAAGCGGCUACUGCACAACUUCCACCGACUGCCGAGCUUUGUUUGUCUGUGCACAAGCCACCUGCGAAGAAGAGGUCGUCGUCCAAGUCCCCUGCGAGAAAGCCGUUGACCAAGUCAUUAUCGAGGAAGUCGUCGUCCAAGUCACGAGCGAAUGCCUGCAUCUCAGUCAGCAGUACAUGAAAGCCCGCGUGGUACUGGUGCUUGGCAAGUGCAUCUCCUGCAAGCACCUCCCAAAUUCGACCACCCCCAAGACUUGCGUCACCAAAGGCUGGCGUCACCAACAGAACCCGAUAGAAGCCAAGCUUUGUCUUCUCAUACAACUGGAGAAGCACCAGUGA